UUGGCGGACACGCAAACUUCUGGACCCAAACCUAAGUAUAAAUACCCAAAUCGACGAGCAAUUCUUCCCUUCAUACACAACAAGCAACAAAACAGAAAGCAAAGAAAAACAACCAUGAUGACUACAGCAUAGAAGUUUGAGCGUUGAUUACACUUUCUUUUUACAACAAUGGCGUCUUUCUUUGAAUUCCCCAAUCACCAAAACCCUAGCUUUGCCGGAAUCGAUAUCAGAUCAAGGAGUUUUAUUUUUACUAGCUACACCAAAAGAACCAGAGGGGGAGUUUACAGAAGCUACAUUGAUGGGAAGGAAACAGCUGAAGGAUCUGGAUCCGAGAGAGGUGGAUGUAGGCAAUCUACAUCCUCUCUCUCCGGAAAUUAUUUCUUAUCAACCGACAAUUAAUAUAGGUAGCUUUUAAGAAUCAGAUUUUCUGUUGUAAUACAUGCCCAUCUGGUUAUGGUUGUUACUGUAUGAUUCUAUGUGGAUUAUUGAAGGUCUUAUUGGACAUGUGGCUCAUGGUAAAUCAACAGUUGUCAAGGCCAUUUCAGGAAUCACGGUAACUUAUGGACCUCUUUUGGAACUUUGGUGUUUUUGUUUGUUUACACUACAUUGACUUGUAAGAGGAGUUUGUGUCUUUGGACAGUGGGGACAUACAUGUUCUUGCAGGCUGUUUUUGAGUCUUUGAAAGAUAGAGAUCUGUCUAUUUUUGAAGACUGCUGCCUUUUAGCUUUUCGGUCUUUGAUCUUUAUUGACUUACUCUUCCUGUUUUUUUAACUGCAGACUACUCGGUUUAAGUGUGAACUGGAGCGGAAUAUCACUGUUAAACUUGGAUAUGCAAAUGCAAAAAUUUUUAAGUGUGAAGAUGCGUCCUGCCCAAAACCCAUGUGUUUCAAGGCAUAUGGAAGUAACGUGGGAGACCAUCCUCAAUGUGAUAUGCAUGGCUCUGAGGAGAGGAAGAUGAAACUUAUUAGACAUGUCUCUUUCGUUGACUGCCCGGGACAUGAGAUAUUUAUGACUAGGAUGCUCAGUGGAGCAACAAUUAUGGAUGGAGCUCUUCUCCUAAUAGCCGCCAAUGAAGAUUUUCCCCAGCCUCAAACACUUGAGCAUUUGUCUGCUGUAGAGAUCUUGAACAUUCAAAAUCUCAUCAUUCUUCAAAACAAAGUUGAUCUAGUUCCAGAAGAGGAAGCCAUGAAUCAGCACCUAGCAAUCCGACAAUCUAUGGAGGAAACUAUUGCUGCCAAUGCACCGGUGAUACCGAUCUCUGCACAACUGAAUAUAGGCAUUGAUGUUGUUUGUGAAUAUAUUGCAAAAAGGAUUCCUGUACCUGUUCGGGAUUUUAUAUCACCACCACAUAUGGUUGUGAUUCGUUCAUUUGACGUGAAUAAGCCUGGUUCUGCUGUUGAUGAAAUGAAAGGCGGGGUCAUAGGCGGAAGUAUUACCAAGGGUGUUCUGAAGGUUAAUCAGAUUAUUGAGCUUCGUCCUGGGCUCACCCAGAAAUAUGCCAACAACAAGUGGAUGUGCAUACCAUUAUAUACGAGAGUUGUUUCACUCUUUUCUGAACAAAAUGAGCUCCAAAUCGCAGUUCCUGGUGGUCUUAUUGGUGUUGGCACAACAAUGGAUCCUGCACUCUCUCGCUGCGAUGGGCUGGUCGGUCACGUGCUUGGUCAGGUGGGGACGCUGCCUGAUGUGUAUAGUGAACUCAAGAUUGGAAACAUUCGUCUUCUUCGUAAACUCUUGGGAGCGGCAUCGAAGGACGGUACAGCAGCAACAGUGGAACGGCUUGCAAAGGGGGAAACUCUGCUGCUGAACAUUUCAGCCAUGGCAAAAGGUGGGGAAGUUCUUAAAGUAAGAGGUACAAGUGCUACUUUACGGCUCAACCAACCUGUCUGCACGAGUACUGGAGAGAGAGUUGUCAUCAGCAGGCGCGUUCAGGGACAUUGGCGACUGAUUGGUUGGGGUGAAAUUGAAGGUGGAACUAGACUUGAUAUCCCUGCUGCCCCCAACUGGAUUAUGUGAUGAGGAGAUCUAGUCUACCAGUUUUCAAGUACUUUUGAGAAUCAUGUCUUCUUUUCUGUGCUUCAUUUAUCUAUGAUUUGGAUUUGGAUUUGGAUUUGGAGGAUUGAAUGAAUUUUAACUUCUUUUGUGUGAUCAAAUGUUUUGGAUUAAAAUAUUUCCGAAUUGUGUGUUAAACGAGCCUUUUGUUCUGGAAACAAACAACAAAAGUUGGUGAAGAUAUCUAAUCACAUAGCUAAGAGCCAGAAAAAUCCCUGCCAAAAAAUCGCAAUUACAAGGUUUAGAGAGUUCUCUGAUUGUGUCACAAAAUUAGGUGAAGAAGAAAAAAAAAAGAAGGCUAAAUACAAGUCUCACCUAUCUACAUUUAAGAUAUACUACUACGAAGUUUGCCAGCAGAGAUUUUUCUUACCCUCCUUCAGGAUCUCAAAAGCAAAUUUGUAUCUUUCUGAUGAUGCUGUUCCAGCCUCGAUAAAGUCAUGGGCUUCUUCUCGCAAGCUCCACUUCAUCAAUGCCUUGAAAUCUUGCAAACUACCACCCGAAUCAACAUCUCGUAGCAUGCCCAAUUUUGCAUUUUUUGUCCAUCGAUGCAAUACAUAGUGGGAGGGAAGUUCGCAAAUGUUCAUCAUCUGGAACACCUUAAGUGCAUGCCUACAAAGGAUUCCUUCAAACUCAAACAGCUUACAACUGCAACUGACGUUGAGGUUUGAUGCAUUGAAUGCAACUGUAUUCCGCUCUUCUCCAUUUCCAUACUUCUGCACCAAAUACCGACUAAUAGCACCUUCGACGUUAAUCCUGAUUCCACCAUAACUAUAGCAUUCCAAAACCUCUUUCUGGACCACUUUAAACAUUUUCAUUGUAUAAAGCCUUUGACAUUGUUCUUCAAUCGGAUCUUUGGUACGCAAAAUUGGUUGCAAGUUAAAUGAGUUGAAAUCUUCUUUCCUUUCUUCCUCUCGACGUUGUUCAACCACCUUCUCAUACUGUACAAUAAAUUCAUCCAGGGAAGUUUGUGCCAUCAAUACUGUACCAAAAUAGGACUUAAAGCUUCCAUCCAAUGGAAUACCUGCAAAGAAUGAGCUUUUCAAAUGCAAUGGAACCCAGCUCCGACGAACCCUGUACAUUUCCUUCAACCAGGAAUUCUCUUUCAAGUUAUAUUUAUCCAUGAGAACAUCCCAUGCAGAAUCAAAUUCACCAGCUGUCUGGCUUUGCGAAACGCAAGCCUCAAAUUCACAUUUGAACUUUGAAUUGACGAGAAGUGCUCCGAGGUUUUCUUGUUUUUUUCCCUGCAUUUGCCAGGAAGAAAAUCGAUGAUGUGUUCUAGGAAAUACACGAGCGAUGGCAUAUUGAAUGGCUUUGUCCUGAUCAGCUAUUAUUGAUCCAGGGCAUUGCCCAGACAUUGCCCUAAGCCAUGUUCGGAACACCCAAGUAAACGAUUCCUCAGAUUCAUCUGCAAUUAAAGCACAACCCAAAAGCACUGGUUGCCUGUGAUGAUUAACUCCAAUGAAUGAUGCAAACGGCACCAAAAAUCUAUCCCUAUGAUACCCUGUAUCAAAAACAAUAGCAUCCCCAAAUUGAGCCCCAUGAAAUCUAGAUCGUGCAUCUGCCCAGAAAAGGUUUGCAGCUCGGCCAUUAUCCAUCUCCACAGCAUAGAAGAAGCCUGUAUCUUCUGCUUGCCGAGUCUGAAAAUAUUCUAGAAGUACAGCAUACCAAUUACUUCCAAUAUUACCCCCUCGACGUCGUUUAACAAGACUGAGUCCACCAUUAGUUUCAACUAAAUCCAGAUGUUCCAACCCAUUAACUUCUUCCUCCCUGGAUCCCUUAGCCGCAAGAGCAGUUCCUUGAUCAGUAGCCUCCACGAUGCCAACUUCAUGAUUGUGGUCCUUCUGGAAACGGUCAACAACCCACCUUCCUGAUUCUUGUCUUUGUAUCCUCAUAAAUACUCCACAACCCACUCUAGAAGGGUGCUGGUGCCCUUCCUUUGAGCAGACAAAUCUCCGGGAUGUAAUUGAACCGUCAUUUUUAGAUCGGAACAACUGACCAAUCCGAACUCUAAAUCCGUUAUUAGCUGCAUACAUGCAAUAGAAUUUAUAUGCUUCAUUAGCAGAAACGAACUCUAGACCUUUGUACGGUUCACCAUGGAGGUCUCCGUUGGACCUGUCCCUUUUAGGGCAUUUGACGUCAAUGAUUUUAGAUGGACCUUCCUCGUCAUGUGACCUUAUCCCUGUUCUAGUAGAAACAGCAAGUGUCGGUCUGGGAGUAGGAAGAGUUUGUCUUGGUGUACGGGAUGGGCAAAUAAGUUCAAGUUGAUGGUUGUGUUCCUUGUGGACAUUAGCCAUUACCCAUUUCCCUGAAUCACCCUUUUGCACCCUGAUGAAAGCAGGACAGCCAGUUCUUGAAUUGGCCUGAAAACCUUCCUUUGAACACACAAAUCUACGGGAAAUUACAGAACCAUCCACCCUGGACCUAUAAAGCUGGCCUAUUCUGAUCCUAAAUCCCAUUUGUGUAGCAUACAGAUUAUAAAACUCCUGAGCAUCUUCUGCAGAAUCGAACUCCAUCCCCACAUGUGGUUCGACUUUUGACACUCCCUCAUGCUCCUUAUGGCCAUUGUUCUUUGUUACCAAUAGGGCAACCGGUUUGACCAUUACAGUCACGGCUUUCUCAAACUCUUGUCGGUUCAUAUCAAUAUCUACGAUAAGUAACAAAGAGUAUCUCAUGAAGUCGGAGGAAGAAUUCACAUCAAACAGACUUAGCAAACCGGCCAAACUCAAUAACUGAAAAUAAAUAAUCCAGACAAAUUAUUGGCACAAAAAGUUUCUUCUGGCAAACUCCAAACACAAAAAUUUGGAUGUCCAGAUCCUAUAAUUCGAAAUGGCUAUGCACAGAUACAACAAGGCAACAAAAUAGCAGAACAACACAAAUUACCGUCUAAAAGUAAACAGCAAGGCACGCAAGGAUAUUUGAAUUACAAGCAAUAUUCAAAUCACUGUCUUAGUUUUCUACCUAGCAGCAAGAGAACACUCAUCAAUUCAAACUUCAACCAAUUUAAGUAAAUACCACAGACCUCAAAGUCAUCAUCAUAAUAAUAGUAAUAAUCUGCCAGACCACCAUUUCCAGUAAGCACAAGAAAGGGAACAAAGCAGGCUAAUCUCACAAGGUUUGAAUAAAAAAAAAAACCCGGAAAAAUUCGAAAGAUACAACAGAAUCAGAUGAUUUAAAAUGAUGAACAACACUACAAAAUGAAAUAAAAAGAUUAGGGUUUUACCUUUUGCAUAUCUGGGGUAAGGAGCUGAAUGGAAGAAUGCUUGCUGGGGCUUUAGCCAAUUCUUUCCCUCACAAUAACAUUGGAACCGGCAAAAUAACCCCCUUUUAGUUGCCUUCACCUAAUCAAAUAUAAAAUCAACCAGCAAAGCACAAACUGGAACAAAUGGAGUGGGGACAAAAUCCCAGAGACCCUUUACUGACAAUUGAGUAAAUUGAUUCCUGUAUUACAUACGGAAAGGUGUAAGCUUUUCGCCAUUUUCUGGGCGGUUUUUAUAUGUAUCAGGUGAACCGGAUUUUAG